AAGGAAAAGCGUCAUAUCAAUUUUCAACAUUAACAAAGAUGCAGCUUAACAUUGGAUUCUGCUUCCUUCUGCUGGCAGCUCUGCUGACUGCGCAGGCGAAACCUACCUUCGAUAAAAUGGCGGAAGUGCUGCUAGACGUACUGGAUGAUAGGCCACAUUAUGCAAGACCGAGACCCUACGCACCAGUACCAUCAUCUGGCCCACUCAUACAGGAGGGCUAUGAUCAUGGCUACGAUUAUUACUAUGGUGGUGGCGGAGGUCAUGUGCACGGCAAUGGCGUUAACGUUGGCUAUCCCUAUGCACAGCCUCCUCCUGCUUAUGGUUAUUACGAUCAGGGACCUGUACAUGGGCCAGUAAAGGGCUACUUUCCCGAACCACACUAUCCACAUGGCUAUGCAUCACAUGGCUAUGCGCCCGCUCCCACAUACAGGCAGGAACAUGGCCACGGCUAUGGCAGAGUUGACGUUACGGGUCCCGGAGUCGGCGGUUACAAGCAACACGGUUAUUAGCAUCAAUUCGUGUUGAUACUGAUUUUUAAAGAAUUAAUAAUCUUAAGUACUGUUAUAUAUAAUUUAUUUGAAUGCUAGGCAUUUGCCAAUAAAUAUUUUGUUCUUAUCU